AUGGUAUCCUUCUCCUCUUCUCGAUUGGCUCUUGCCUCCAUCCUCCUUUUGGUCCUUCGCACCUCCGAGGCUAAAUCCACCUCCGACCUUCGAGGAAAGACUUCCAAAGACCAAAGGAAUCUAUUCUGGUACAGCUCCAAUGUUAACAUGGAAGCUGAAGGAGGAAACCCUGAUCUUCCUUGGGACCAAAAGCCAGCACCCGAGGAAGUACCAGUGGUGGAACCAGAGACUCUUCUUUCUCGUCAAAACAACGAAGACGAACUUCCUGAUGAGGUCGAUGGUGCUCCAAUGGAAGAAUCCGAGGACAGCGUGGCUGCUCUACCGGAAGAGUCAGCAGACGAGCCAAUGACUUUUGCGCAAGACUCCGAUAGCAAUGAUGAGGACAUGAACAUUGCACAAGAGUCUAUGGACGAGCCUUUCCUGGACACUGUGGAAGAGUCAGAGGAUGAACCGAUUCCAGAGUCUCGUACAAAGCUCUCUGAGAAUCCAUCCAUGGCUCCAUCAGGUACGCCCACAACCAGCCCUUCUUCGAUUCCAAGUGAUAUGCCCUCCAAGGUCCCUUCCAUCUCACCCACACGCUCCCCUUCAGUUGCUCCAAGCGUCGGCAUUUUGCAAAGAGACGAGCUCUCCGAUGUUCUCGUCAUUGAAACGGAUGGCGAGGACGAAACACCAGCACCCAACAGUGUAUUGCAAUCCGAAAAUGAAUCCAGCAACAACUGGAAAUACUGGGCCAUUGGCGGAGCUGUCGCCGUGGCCGUUGGAGCUGCCGUCUAUUUACUAUCCAUUAAUGCCUCACAACAGGCAGCAGCACAAGCACUGGACAAUGCCGAUGCAACCAAUUUAAUGUCCGCUGACGACAUGGCAUUCAGUCCGCAAGCUGCCGGCAUUCACCAGGCAACCACCGUUUGA